AUGUUAUACGAACAGAAUAUAACCAGCCAAAAUUUACUUGAAUGGUCGACUACUAUUGAUCUUGCAGAACGUUAUCAAAUUUAUAGAGAACAUAAGAAGGAUUUUAUAUCUGUCGAAGAUGAUCAUUAUUCAUUUUACAACUGUUCAUGGCUUUGGUUUGGAUCUUUUUGUCAAUAUUCUUUCGAGUUCUUUGAUGAUGAAUCUUUCGGUCGAUUUGUUGAAUAUACUUUCAGGGCGAAAACAGUUAUGCUUAACAACCCAAUGAUUACAUGCUACUCGCACUUGAAAUGUGAAACAUUAUUAACUUGUCUUGAUUGGCGUGACAUUUGCGACGGAGAAAUGGAUUGUUUAGAUGGAACCGAUGAGUCUGAUUGCUGGGCACUCGAAAUGAACGAGUGUACUACUGAGGAAUUUCGUUGUCAUAAUGGACAAUGCAUACCGGCAGUAUUUCUCUCAGAUGAACCAAUGUAUUCAGACUGUCUGGAUCGAAGUGAUGAACCAAUAAACUCCGACUUCUCAUUUACAUGUUUUGAAAAUCCUUCUUUUCCGUGCGAAGAUCGUUCAUGCCGUCCGGGUAAAUAUGAAUUUUCAUGCGGGGAUGGACAAUGUAUUAGAGAAAUGGAUGGAAUUUGUUCGAAUGGAAAGGCUAAUUUUUUUUCUAACGACUCAUGUAUGAAUGCAAUGAAUUGUCUAUUGAAAAUGCUUGAUGAUGAAGAUGAUGAAGAUGAUGAUGAUGAUGAUGAUGGAGAAGAAGAAUGGUGUAACCAGCUUUGUUCAGAUGUAAGUUGUUUGUUGGACCACUGUCCAGGUUUAUUCGAGUUUCCUGCUGAACCUAUUUUGUACGGUCAUGUGCGUAUGAUGUUUGAAACUGAAAACGUUAUUAAUGAAGCCUGGCUACCAUCGUAUAUAUGCUACAACGAGGAAUUGUGCAAAGAGUUUUUACCGGCUACUAUUCAUUUCAAUGGUUCUGCUUGUCGUCAUAUUAAUCAAUUGGAUUUAUCUGCAAUGAGUAACGGUGAAAAUUUGGAAUUAUUAAUACAGCAUCUCAAACGCAUUUUUCGUGUUUGUGGAGUUAUUCCAACCGGAACAUAUGAUUGUAAUCAUUCAAAUGCGUAUCAAUGCAGGAAUUCAACAAAAUGCAUAUCGAAAUAUCGUCUUGUCGACGGUAUUAUCGAUUGUCCAUUUGAAGAUGAUGAAAACUACAAUAAAAGUUGUGAAUUGAGCGAUUAUCGUUUUCGGUUUCGAUGUUUCGAUGAUGAGAAGCGAUGCUUUGCACAUUCGAUCGUUACGAAUGGUUACGAAGAUUGUCACGGAGGAGAAGAUGAGGAAAUAGAUACCCCGGUGAACAAACAGCGUCAUAUUUAUUUUCCGACAAUUUGUGAUGGAUACGAACAAUUAAUUCCUGUCAUAAUCGAUGGACGAAAUGAAACAGAUGAAACAGAAUGUGAAUAUUGGCCUUGUGAUAGUAUUUAUCAUCGAUGUGAUGGUGUUUGGCAUUGUUAUAAUGGAGCGGAUGAACUUGAUUGCCAAGGCUCCGUUUGUCUAUCUUUUGAGCAUAUGUGUGUUUUACCAAAUGCUCCUAACAAAGUAGAAUGUUUACCAAUCAAUCGAACUGGUGAUGGUGUUAUCGAUUGUCUUGGAGCAUCGGAUGAACGUCAAUAUUGUCGAAUGAUCAGUUCAAAGAAUAAGAAUCAACGUUUUUUUUGUUGGAAUGAUACUAGAUGCAUUAGUAGUGAUGAUCUUUGUGACGGAUACAACGAUUGUAAAUUUGAUGAUGAUGAACAAUUUUGUAUGAAUAAAAUACUACUGUUUGGAACAAAAUUUUGUAAUGAACCUAGUACGGAUGUUGGUAACGUAUUAUGUCAUCUUAGUGAUUCUUUAGACAAAAAAGUUUAUUUGACACUACUAAACAUGGAGAGUUAUCCGCUAAGUUUAACCAUCAAUAAUAAUAUCGAAGGAUUUUCUCUUGAUAUUCCAAAUCCAUCGAUUAAAAACAUGCUAGACACUGAUAUCGAAGAUGAAUGGACAUCGCGUUGUAACCGUGGAUUGAAUAUUCGUGUUCGAAUGAACGAUAAUGAAAAUGUUUUACAACAAUGUCUUUGUCCGCCAAGUUAUUAUGGUGAUACAUGUCAAUACCAAAAUGAACGUAUUAGUAUUACUUUUCAGUUUCGUGUAGGAUCAGACUGGCGUACUAUUUUUAGCAUCCUGAUUCUAUUGAUAGAUCAUGAAGGAAAAGUUCAUUCGCAUGAUCGAGUAGAGUAUUGCCCUUAUCGAGAUUGUGAAACAAAAUUUCAUGUUAAUCUACUUUAUUCUACUCGACCAAAAAAUAAUGCAAAAAACUAUUCUGUACGUAUUGAUGUAUUUGAUAAACUAACAUUAAACUAUCGAGCAAGUUGGGUUUUCCCAAUUUUAUUUCCAUUUCUACCCGUAUAUCCUUUAGCAGUUCAACUUAAUAUUCCGAUUUCAUCUGUUCAACCAACAGAACAUUGCCCAUUACCAUGCAUUCAUGGUCAAUGUAUCAAGUAUACGAAUACAGAAAAAAUGUUCUUCUGUCGAUGCGAUCAUGGUUGGUCAGGCAGUGAUUGCUCGAUUACGCAUCGAUGCAAUUGCUCAUCUGAUUCACUUUGUGUCGAUCAAUCAAUAUGUCUAUGUCCUAUCGGUAAAUUCGGUUCUCUAUGUUAUCUCAAGCAGAUUUCAUGUGAAAAAAAUACAUGCUUGAAUAAUGGUUUGUGCAUACCGAAUGACCCACGUCAAGAAAUAGCGGAGAAUCUUAGAUAUAGUCACAGCUGUAUUUGUUCUGAAAAUUAUUAUGGACCACAAUGUGAAUAUCGUGCAACUAGAAUUUAUAUAUCUUUUGCAGAUAAUUUUGUUAUUCCUGAUUCACUGUUCGUUCAUUUCAUUGAAAGCUAUAAGUAUUUUUCACAUGUUCGAUCAACAAUAAUGAAAAAAAUUUCACUACAUCAAACUGGAUUUACAAUCUACGUAUCGAAUACAUUCAAUGCUGCCUUUGCACAAUUUGAUGAAAAAUAUUAUUUAAUUGUUCUUCAAGAGUCGCAUAUUUUUGAAGCAGAUAUUUCGACACAAAUUAUUCCUUCACAUCAAUGUUUAUCUAUUCAAGAAAUAUUCAAUAAGACAAUUGUUAAUCGACAUUUAUUACGACGUAUAAAAUAUUAUCAUAUUCCAUGUCAAGAAAGAAAUGAAUUGAUUUGUUUCUAUGAUGAAGUUCAUCUAUGUUUAUGCGAUCGUUCUCGACACGCUAAUUGUUUUGAAUUUGAUUUCAAUAUCACACAUGAUUGUCAAGGUUCAAAUCCAUGUAAAAAUGGAGGUCAGUGUUUCCAAGAUCGUCUAAAAUGUCCAGCAUCGAUUAUUUGUGUUUGUGAUACGUGUUUCUAUGGAUCACGAUGUCAGUUUUCAACAAAAAGUUUUCGGCCAUCAUUAGAUGCAAUUCUUGGUUAUCAGAUACGGCCAAAUCUUCCUUUAAAUCAACAAUCAACUGCUGUGAAAGUAUCUGUGGCUAUUACUAUAAUUAUAUUCGUAUUGGGUUUCGUCAAUGGACUUUUAUUACUUAUAACAUUUGGCAAAAAACGAACACGUAAUAUCGGUUGUGAUCUUUAUUUAUUUAUAUCUUCAAUAGUUUCUAUGGUUAUUAUGAAUGCUUUUCUAUUGAAAACUUGUUUUCUUAUUGCAACACAAAUGAAUCUUAUUACAAAUCGUUCAUUUAUUCUUCUUCAAUGCCGAUCGAUAGAUUUUAUUAUUCGUAUUUUUCUAGACACAAGUGAUUGGUUAAAUGCUUGCAUUGCCUGUGAACGAAUAAUGAUCGUAUCAAAAGGAGUUGCUUUUGAUAAAAGAAAAAGUACAAAAAUAGCUAAAUGGAUAAUUAUUCUUGUUCUUCUUAUUGUUAUAUGUACAAAUAUUCAAGAGCCAUUAUAUCGACAACUUAUAGAUGAUGAAGAAGAACAACGAAUUUGGUGUAUAAUCAAACUUUCACCAUCUAAUCAAAUAUUUGAUUCAAUUAUUAAUCUUCUUCAUUUUCUCAUUCCUUUUUUCAUUAAUAUAAUUUCCGCCCUGGCUAUUAUUAUUAUUACUGCUCGAAGACGAUCAAAUAUUCACAAAAAACAAACUUAUCAACAACACUUUAACGAACAAUUACAAAACCACAAGCAUCUGCUCAUUUCACCAUCUAUUCUCGUACUUUUAGCAUCACCUCGUCUUAUUAUUUCAUUUUUAUCUGAAUGUAUGAAAAGUGUUCGAGAUCCUUGGUUAUUUUUGAGUGGAUAUUUUAUUUCAUUCACCUCUUCGAUAAUGACAUUUCCUGUAUUCGUCUUACCGUCACAAAACUACAAAGAACAAUUUAUUCAAUCAGUGAAAUCACUGUACUGUCGCUGA